AAAAUCCUAUUUCAAAAAAGCAGAUUUCGUCGAAGUUCAUCUUUAUCAUCAAUCAACUGGUUUCUUCGAAGGGUCGAACCUACUGGUUUAGUGACUAUUACAUGGUUUAAAAAGCUGAUAAACAACUGUGAUGUCGGGCAUUCCUGUUGAUACUUUGGUAGAUAUUGAUGGCCCCUACGACCGUUUUUCAUCACUACCUUAUUUUAGACCUUCAGAAUAUGCACAACAGGAUGACGACCCUUUUGAGCUCUGUUCCAUGCAAGGCAAGAAUUCAAAAAAUGAUCAGCAAGCCAUAGAUCUUGGAGUUGAGCUUGGACUUGCUCUGGAAAAAUCCAUCAAAUUACGAUCCCUGUCACAACACCAAGACUCACCCUUGUCAGCAGGAACGCCAGUCCACACAGAUCAAGCUGAUUUAGGGAUUUUAGUGAAUCUUGAUGAUAGUCCAGACAAAAAGAAUCUUACUACUGGACAGUCUAAAAAUGUGUCUGAGCAUCAAAAUGUCAAAGAUUCAGUUUUUACUCACACAGCUUCCAACCCAUUUGAACUUGCAUGGGAUGUCAUUGAACAAGAAGCUCUAAACUUGGCUGAACAUAUUGAACAUGAUAAAGAGAAAACAAUCAGUCCAAGAAAAAUGGUAGAUUUGGCAAUGAAAUUAUCUCCAGACUCUUUGUUACUUUCACCUCGUAACGACUCACGAGAUGAAGAAAUUUUGAUUAAUAGCAGCCCAGAAUUAAAUAUGAAGAAGACUCCCAGAUUUACUAAAGCUUCACAAUCCAGAGGAAGGAUGAGUAUUGGGUCCAGCCCUGUAGUGUCCAGAUCUUACGCUACUCCAUUACGAACUCGACCGUCUCUUGCAGUUAAUCCUAGUCCAUUACGGAAACCUAUCAAGGAACCUGCGCCUACACCUCCCAAAACCCUGCCACAGAAGGCAACAUUCAAGACUCCACUUCUGCGUUCGACGUCCGCCACAGCACCUGCUAACCAUGUUGCACCUCCCAAACCUCCUAUUUUAAAACUUGGCGCAGUGAAAGCCGUCCAUCCGCUGCCCUGUCCUCCGCCAGCUGCUGUCAUAAAAGCGCCGUCUAGGCAGCAUGGGAUUGCAGUUCUUCCUACCCGGCGCUCCGUGACGCCCACAGCACCUACAUCUAGUCUUCCAUUCCAAUCAAAAUUACGAGCUCCAUUGAGUCGUUCCGAAUCAGAUGCACUACACCAACUACCGGUGAAUAAGCCAUCAGAUUUUCAACGUCAAGGCUCCAUGCGCCUUGGAUCAAAAAGGGUAUCCGUAAGCGUUCCUCCACCCUCCGUCCCUGGCAGCAGCAGUAGCAGCUCCCAUUCAAGUCGUCUUGCUGCUUUAGCUCGACCUCAAGCUAAAGGACGUGAGAAUGUUGUUCCGUGAAAAAUAGACUCGUUAGGAUUGUUGUUUGAUUUAUGGGGGCAUUGGUAAAUUCUUUUAAAUUUAUGGAAUUUUCUAUCUAUUCUUAAAAUAAUAAAAUACACGGGUUACAUUACUCUUGUUUUAACAACAGAA